UGUUCGCGGGUUUUGCCAGGUUCUCUUGCAAUAGGCAAUAAUCGAAUGCGCCAACAAAAAGCACCAUCUGCAGUCCAGAAAGCACCAUCUACAAUCCAGAAAACACCAUUUGUAGUCCAGAAAGCACAACCGGUUCAAGCUGCGACAUCGGUUCAAGUUGCAACAUCAAUUCUGGCACCACCUUCUCAGGUUGCAGCACCGACUCAGAGGCCACCACCGAUCCAGACUACUACUCCUGAGGCGUUCAGAUUCGUUCCUACCCCAGGAUUCACAUUGCCUCAUCAAUUUCAGCAAGGUCCCCAAUUCACAACACAUGAUAUGGAGAUAGAUCCUCAUCAUCAAGAGGACGAGCAAGAGGAUGAGGAGGGGGACAACGAAGACGAUGUGGUGGGGGACAACGAAGACGGUGAGGAAGAAGACAACCAUGAUAAAGAUGCUCAUGGGAAGGUCAUCAUACGUCCUGCUGGAACCGGGUUUGCUCCAAGCAAAGAAGCUGCUGCAGCGAUUAGGCAUGUUAUAGAAAAGAAGUUUCCAAACAAUAUCACUUGCUAUAGUGAUAUCACACCUCCUGAAAAAAAAGAUACUUGGUUUGAGAGAUUUCGAAAGUUUGUUUCAUGGGAACCUCGUCACGAGGAAAAAAUUAAGAAAAUUUUUCAUCAAAGAUGCGCCAAACGUUUGACCGAUAUCCUUACCAAGGCAAGAGAUAAGAAUAAAAAACCCUUGUGGAUGGAGAGCGAUGGAUGGAAGUAUGUUACUGACAUUUGGCAGAAAGAAGAUUUCAAGGUGAAGUCUGAACGAAAUAAGAUUAAUCGAGCUUCAAGUAAAGGCGCACUCCAUACCUCGGGUCGUAGAGCUCAUCACGAAAUUGCACAUGACAUGGCUAUUAAGUUUGGGAGACCUGUCCUUCCCGAUGAACUUUUUGUGGUUACCCACAAAAAGAAGACCGGUCAGUGGGUUGAUCGUCGUUCAGAGAGAACCCAUGCUGAAUAUCAUGAUCGUCUUGCUAAAAUGACACAAAUUGACGGUGUUGUUACCGGUGAAACUCAAGAGGUUGAUGGAUCGCAGAGAAUUCAUUUAUGGAAAGAUGUUUCUGGGGGUAAGUCUCGGGGAAGGUGUUAUGGAACUGGGCACUUGGCUGUAAACCUUAUUCAUGGUGUCACACACUUGACUUAUGAGGCAGAGGAAACUCACAUUAGGGAACAUGAUAACCAACUCAUUGAGGCUGCUAGAGCCGAGGCUGCUGCAGCACGUGCAGAUGCUGAAGCUGCUAGAGCUGCGGCUGCUGCGGCAAAUGCGAGAGCUGCUAAAGCUGAAGACGAUGCUGCUAAAGCUCAAGACCGGACACAAAACUUGGAAAUGAAGUUUGAAGAAUUCAGUAGACGCAUGAUGGCUUUGGAGUCAGGCUCUUGUAGUGGUCAUUCUCGUCAUAGUUCUCAUCCUCAUUAUGAUGAUGAAUUAGAUGAUCAAUCGGUUGAUGACGAGGAAGAUGCUUGAUUUUGAUAGUUGUAGAUUUUAUGGGUUAUUUUGAUGGUUGUAGAUUUGUGGGUUAUUUUGAUGGUAAGCUUAAGGGUUAUUUUGAUGGUUGUAGACUUUGAGGGUUAUUUUGAUGGAAGUUUAAGGGUUGCUUUGAUGGGUUAUAUAUUUUGGUGGGUUAUAUAUUUUGUGGGUUAUUUUUAUGGAUAUAUAGACCUUUAU